AUGUCCACCACCGCCCGCCCCUUCUUCGCCCGCCUGUGGUCAAGCUACACUACCGCCCUGCGCGAGCGCCCCUUGAGGACAAAGAUGAUCCAGAGCGGUGUGCUCUUCAUCACGGCGGACUUGGUAGCUCAGAUUGGUAUUGAGGGGAGAAGUAUGAGGAAGGCCAUCAUGGGGGAGGAGGGGGAGGAGAUUUACGAUCCUUUAAGAACAGCUAGGAUCACUACUUAUGGGUCUAUCAUAUUUGCUCCCCUCGCCCAUACAUGGCUGAGCCAGCUGGAGAAGGUCAAUCUCUCGAACAAGGUGACCACUCUUGCUACCAAGGUCACUCUGGAUUGCCUCGUUUGGUCACCAUGUGUCACGUUCAUGUUCCCGACGUCUCUCGGUCUAUUAGAGGGCAAAAGUAUAGAAGAGGUCAGACAAAAAGUCGCCAUGGGCUGGUUCCCAACAUGGCAAAAAGCAGUCUGCGUCUUUGGCCCCACCCAGAUUCUCAAUUUCACCCUCAUCCCCCCACAACACCGUCUCCUCGCCGUCCAAUCCGUCGGCAUGUGCUGGAACACCUUCCUCUCAUGGCAAAACAACAAAAACAACAAGAUCCUCGCGCAGGCUACCGCCCACCUCGUCGAGGCACGAGUACACGCAGCGGAGGUGGAGGGUGAGAAGACGCAUAAGGAGGGAGAAGUGGAGGAGGCCGAGAGGGAUGUGGAGGAAGCGCGAGAGGCUGUGAGAAAGGCGCAGGAGAAGAAGGACAAGAUGAAGAAGGAGGGUGGGGCGCUCGGUGUUGGGACCAGGAUGGGGUGGUCAUGA